CUCUCUCUCUCACUCUCUCACUCUCACAGUAUAUAUUUAUGAUAGUAUAUGGGCAAUAACAUAUAUCAGUUAUCCACAGGCCGAUUGAAAAAAAAUACUCCCAUAUAUCCAACAAAGGUAUCACCUCCUCCACAAUCUGGUUCAGGGUGAUCGUUUCCUCCUCUAUCUAUAGAUAUUACUUUUUCUCUCUCUUCAAUAUCUACAUAUACACUCAAAGAAAUGGUUAAUGACAAAACCCGAAAACGUUUCAAGAAAGAAAAGUUAACCAUGGAAUUAGAAGAUGAAAUUCUCUCAGCUGGAAACAAGAACCAAGUGGAAACGACCAGAGUACUGACGAGGGUCGGCGGGAUAAAUAUCAGGCUGGUCGUGAUCACGUGCAUCGCAGCAGCAGCAGGUAUCAUGUCCACCUUCGUCAUCCUCCUCUACACAGGGUCAUUAGACUGCAGCCUAAUUACGAGAAUGUGUGCUUCAUUAAAGAGCUGGUUAUCUCCGCCUUACAUCUACCUCAUACUCAACUUCGUCAUCAUCUCCAUUGCUGCUACUUCCUCUACCUGCUUCCGAAUCCACCACCCCCAUUCUAAUUUCCAUCAUUUUCCCAACCACUUCUUCAAACAUCACUAUAAUUUCCAUGAUCAUGACAGUACUCAUGCUGCUGAUGAUGAUGCCCUGAUGCUUGAAGUCUCACAGCCUCCUCCACCGCCACCGCCAUUGACUGAUGAUCAACAUGGUAAGAUUACCCAUUUCAUAGCAAACGAAAUCUCCAACCCGAAAGACGAACAUGAAGAACAGGAGGAGGAGGAGGAGGAGGAUGACAGUGAUACAUUGGAGGGGACAUGGAAAGCGAUAACCGGGGAAGGAGGGAGUCCGCAGCGUAGCACUCGACGGCUGCUUGGGAAGAGCAACACCACCAACACGUUAAGAACACUAUCACGACAUCCUCCGGCUUCUUCAUCGUUGGAUCAGCAAAUCUUGACACGGUCUCCCGAUGAAGAACAUUAUUCUGUAGAUCAGGAACAACAACCUUGCCCAUUAUUGGCUACUUCGAGUAAUAGGGAGUUGAGGAAGUCUGAGACGUUCAACGACACCGCGUCAGCGCAGCAGCGACGAGGGCUGCUGAGGAGGGACCCACAGCCAUCACUGAGUCAAGAUGAGUUGAACAGACGAGUUGAAGCCUUCAUUAUGAAUUUUAACCGCCAGAUUCGGUUACAGAGACAGGAGUCCGACCAACGUUUCCUUGAAAUGAUUAGUCGCGGAGUUUAGCUUUUUAAUUUUAAUCCUAAACUAAGCUAAGCUAGCUCCAAUCAUGAUUCCCAAUUUUUACCUCUUCUUCUUGUUGUUUUUUUUUCCAGAUUGCUUAAAGUCUAAUAUCUGCGUGCAUGUACUAUUAAUAUUAAUAUUAUGUUUCGUUUUUAGUAUCUAA